AUGGCUCUCUUCGGUUCCAGCUCCAGCGGUUCUUCCUCCCCCGAGGAAGUCAAGACCACCAUCGUCAAGCAGCUUCAACAAGAGUCGGCCAUGGCCAAUGCCCGUGCCCUGAUCUCUAAAGUCAACGAGCACUGCUUCGAACACUGCAUUCCCAACCCCGGCGAGUCCAUCUCCGCCAACGAAAGCACCUGCCUGUCCAGCUGCAUGGAGAAGUACAUCUCCCUGUGGAACACCACCAGCCGCACCUACAUCUCCCGCGUCGGCAAGGAGAGCAAGAAACUCGGCGGUGAAAACACCAUUGCCAUGAAUUCGAUGGCUACC